GCCAUCUUCCAUUUUCUAGUCGGCACCCAUCUGGACCAGACGUGAUUGACUUCGGAGGGAGCGGACGAGGGCUCCCGCUGAUUUUCGGCGUCACAUUUUCCUCUCCUAUUUACAGAUUGAUUUUCCGCCCUCAUCUCAAUCCAAGUGGAAGAAUUUGCUUCGUUAUAACACGGAUCAGGAAGCUGUGACGGACGGCUGUGCUUUGAGGAAAGGAACAUGGCUUCCCAGGCUGAUUUGAUGGAGCUGGACAUGGCCAUGGAGCCGGAUCGGAAGGCGGCGGUCAGCCACUGGCAGCAGCAGUCCUACCUGGAUUCAGGCAUUCAUUCCGGGGCCACCACCACAGCCCCCUCCCUCAGCGGCAAAGGAAAUCCCGAAGACGACGACCUCGACAACAACCAGGUCAUGUAUGAGUGGGAGCAGGGCUUCAACCAGAAUUUCUCCCAAGAUCAAGUCCAAGACCUGGAUGGUCAAUACGCCAUGACCCGUGCCCAGCGAGUGCGUGCGGCAAUGUUCCCGGAGACCCUGGAGGAGGGCAUGCAGAUUCCUUCCACGCAAUACGACACGGCAAAUCCUACCAAUGUCCAGAGACUAGCGGAGCCUUCCCAAAUGCUCAAGCACGCCGUGGUCAAUCUGAUCAACUACCAGGACGACGCCGAGCUGGCGACCAGAGCCAUACCGGAGCUCACCAAAUUGCUAAACGACGAGGACCAGGUUGUGGUGAACAAAGCGGCGGUGAUGGUGCACCAGCUAUCGAAAAAAGAAGCUUCCCGUCACGCCAUCAUGCGCUCCCCUCAGAUGGUGUCAGCCAUCGUCAGGACAAUGCAGAACACAAACGACGUGGAGACGGCUCGCUGCACCGCGGGGACUCUCCACAACCUUUCUCAUCACAGAGAGGGGCUGCUGGCUAUCUUCAAGUCCGGAGGAAUCCCAGCGCUCGUCAAAAUGCUUGGUUCACCAGUGGACUCGGUCCUCUUCUAUGCCAUCACCACCCUCCACAACCUCCUCCUGCACCAGGAAGGAGCUAAGAUGGCGGUUCGUUUGGCCGGUGGGCUUCAGAAAAUGGUGGCCCUGCUCAACAAGACCAACGUCAAGUUCCUAGCCAUCACCACGGAUUGCCUCCAAAUCUUGGCCUAUGGAAACCAAGAAAGCAAGUUAAUAAUCCUGGCCAGCGGGGGGCCCCAAGCACUGGUGAACAUCAUGAGGACUUACACCUACGAGAAGUUGUUGUGGACCACAAGUCGAGUCCUCAAAGUCCUGUCGGUGUGCUCCAGCAACAAACCUGCCAUCGUAGAAGCUGGAGGAAUGCAGGCUCUGGGACUCCACCUGACAGACCCAAGCCAGAGACUGGUCCAGAACUGUCUCUGGACUCUCAGGAACUUAUCGGACGCUGCCACUAAACAGGUGAAGACGGCUGUUUGCUCUACUUUUCUUGAAUUCUCAUUCCCUGUCAUGGUAACUGGACCAUUUGUCUGUCAGGAGGGAAUGGAGGGUCUAUUGGGGACCCUGGUGCAACUCCUCGGUAGCGACGACAUCAACGUGGUGACCUGUGCGGCCGGCAUCCUCUCCAACCUGACUUGCAACAACUACAAGAACAAGAUGAUGGUCUGCCAGGUGGGCGGUAUCGAGGCUCUGGUUCGCACUGUGCUUCGGGCCGGGGACAGGGAGGAUAUCACCGAACCGGCCAUCUGCGCCCUGCGUCACCUCACAUCGCGACACCAGGACGCCGAGAUGGCCCAGAACGCAGUCAGGCUGCAUUACGGCCUGCCGGUCGUGGUCAAAUUGUUGCAUCCGCCGUCACACUGGCCGCUCAUUAAGGCGACAGUGGGUCUGAUCCGUAACCUGGCGCUGUGCCCUGCCAACCACGCGCCUUUGAGGGAGCAGGGAGCCAUUCCCAGACUGGUUCAGCUGCUGGUCCGAGCACACCAGGACACGCAGAGACGCACCAGCAUGGGUGGCACCCAGCAGCAGUUUGUGGAGGGAGUUCGCAUGGAGGAGAUCGUGGAGGGUUGCACCGGAGCCCUUCACAUCCUGGCCAGAGACGUCCACAACAGAAUAGUCGUCCGAGGGCUGAACACAAUUCCGCUCUUUGUACAGCUCUUGUAUUCUCCCAUCGAGAACAUCCAGCGCGUGGCAGCGGGCGUCCUGUGCGAACUGGCUCAGGACAAAGAAGCCGCUGAGGCCAUCGAGGCGGAGGGAGCCACCGCCCCGCUCACGGAGCUCUUGCACAGUCGCAACGAAGGCGUCGCCACGUACGCAGCAGCGGUUCUGUUCCGUAUGUCCGAGGACAAACCUCAAGACUACAAGAAACGCCUCUCAGUGGAGCUCACCAGCUCACUCUUCAGGACGGAACCAAUGGCCUGGAACGAAACCGCAGAGCUUGGUCUGGACAUCGGCGCUCAGGGAGAGCCUCUGGCCUACAGGCAAGAAGACCCAAGCUACCGUUCCUUCCACUCGGCAGCUUACGGCGCCGACUCGAUGGGCAUGGAGCCCAUGAUGGAGCACGAUUUGGGCGGGGGCCACCACCCCGGUCAGGACUACCCUGCGGUAGAGGGGCUUCCUGACCUGGGACACUCCCAGGAACUGAUUGAAGGCCUCCCACCUGGUGACUCCAACCAACUGGCCUGGUUUGACACAGACUUGUAAAUACCAAGAGCAACAUAACUCAACACUUCCUACUAGCUGUAUUAUGUGAUCUGGAUGAACCUGCAUCUUGAUUCUCCCACAUGGAGGAGGCGGGGUUUAGAAAGUGCCUGACGAUGACCCAUCCUGUCUACAGGGGCUCCAUUGGGACAAAGUUCGCUUCUGGUUUUAACCAGUAGAUGGUCGGUUGACUUGAAAUCCCGAUGCCACACAUGGAUUUGGAUCUCGGUUUUGUUUUUUGAAAUACCCUUUUUAUGUACUUUUCCAUUUUUAUUCUUUGUUUUUACAUUUAGCCCUGAAAUCUGUAAUGGUACAAAAUGCUUUUAGCUCGCUUGUUUUCAUUGAUUUAUCAUUCUUCAAAGUUAGACUCAUUUGUUUUGUUUGCAGUUUUAUAGUUUCUUUUUUUUUUUUUGGUCUGGGCUAGUGUUUUGGUUUGUUUUUGGUGAUAAUGCUCCAUCCAAGUAAUGUACAUGACCACAUUUUAAAUGGUGUCCAAAACACUAGAGUGAAUCAUUUGCAUUGUAACAUUGUGUAGCUUUUGUAUAAAACAUUGGAAGUUGUGGUCCAAA